UUAAAAUAAAAAAAAAUAGCGAGUUCAUUCCAAAAGCUCUCCAGCUGUCCGAGCACAGGUUUCCUUUUCCUUCAUUGCCCUGCGUUUUUUGACGUCGACAGGAAUCGCAGAUCCCUUUCCGUCUUCGCACCUCCCGACAUUCUUCCCCUAUAUUUAGGAUUUCAAGCACUGCUUCAAUAUGGAGUUUCUAUUAUUGAGUAUUAUUUGAGGGAGCUGAAGAAGAGACCAUGAACUGAAGCGCACUGAAGGUCUUGUGGCGGAAGAGAUGAAUGUGAGCCACGCGUCGAUUCAUCCCGUUGAGGAUCCUCCGACCACCGACGGCGGCGGCGUCGGUGGCGGCAACAAUCCUCCCAGAAUCAGGAUGAAGGAUUUGCAAGGUAUGCCAGGGACGCGCGGCGGCCUCGUCCUGCGCCUCUCUCAGUUCGUUUUCGCGGUUGCUGCACUUCUCCUCAUGGCCACCACCAGCGACUUUCCUUCCGUCACAGCUUUCUGCUACCUUGUUGCAGCUGCGGGCUUGCAGAGUUUGUGGAGCCUUUCGUUAGCAAUUGUUGACAUUUAUGCCCUUCUGGUCAGGCGCUCCCUGCAGAAUUAUCGAGUUGUUAGUAUGUUCACCAUUGGCGAUGGGAUUACAUCAACUCUUACAUUUGCGGUGGCUUGUGCUUCUGCUGGCAUCACUGUCCUUAUUGACAACGAUCUUGGUAGUUGUAGCCAGAAUCAUUGUGUGGAGUUUGAAACUGCCACUGCCAUGGCUUUCAUGAGCUGGUUCUCUGCAUUACCUUCUUUUCUCCUGAACUUUUGGUCCCUGGCGUUGAGAUGAAAGAGGAUGCAAAAGGAAAAAGGAAACUGAAGUCACCGAGUAAUCUUGCUUGCCCACUAGUGUGCAAGCUAUCAUGACCUCUUCUGCCACUUGUGUACUGCGAUUUCCUAUGAUCUCAAUCUUGAUUGUGUUGUGGUGCAUUUCUAGUUUGUAAAUUGGGUUCGCUAGCUAUUAAGUUGGAGGACGAAUUGAUUGGAUCAUUCACCGUAUACACGUGAAAUGGUGUGACCUGAGAAGAGAUUGUGUUUUAUGUUAACAAUAGAGUGAAGUUGAAUUUUGUAUCUUUAAUAUCCGUGCUUGGAACUCCCUA